AUGAUGCGAUUGGAGGUUGAUGGUGAUUGGUUGAUCAUCCCCGGGGGUGAUUGUGCAUGUAUUAGGUGCUGCAGCAGUGGGUGCAGAGAGCAACCCACUUCCAACAGCAGGCUGGGAUCUGACGUGGCUCCAGCUGACGUGGCUCCAGCUGACGUGGCACCAGCGUCAGCUGUAGCGGACUUUGGCAGGUCUCCCAAUUUCUUCCUUCACCCCCCUCCUCCAUCCCCCAGUGGCAGCAGCAGAGGCGAUGGCGCAGCAGGUGGGGGCAUUCGAGUCCACGUGUGGGGCAGCUGGACGGGAAGCGAGGAUGGCACUUGUGAUUCCCAGAACCUCAUUCUCUCCUCUCUUAUCCAACAACCCCCCCCCCUCAUCCUGCAGUGGCAGCAGCAGAGGCGAUGGCGCAGCAGGCUGGGGGCGUUUGAAUCCACGUGUGGGGCAGCAGGGCGGGGAAGCGAGGAGGCGGUUAGGGUGGCCAUUCAACAGCUGAUGGAACGGUGUCUGCGUGAGACGGUGUCUGAUUUAAGGGAGGCUCGUGAUGUGCUGGACGUGUGGCGGCAUGAGCUGGCACGGCUGCACUCGCGCCUAGUCAGCGUCGUCUGCCGCUCCCAGCUGAUGUCAGCAUGCGGCCGCAUGACCUGGCAGCCAGCAUCGCCAGCUCAGCUCCCGGGCCAGGACCACACGAUGGCCCCUGCUGACGUGGCAAUGGCGUCUGCUUGCGCUUUCCUGGACCAAGCGAUAGACAUUCGGCAGCAGCAUGAGGGGUGGGAGGAGGCGAUGACAGCAGCUGCUCUGGUGUGCGACCUGGAAGCUUCCUCAGGCAUCAGCAACACCGGUGGUGCUGACGUGGACAGGUGGAGGCGCUUCCUGGAGCCACUCACAGACAGCCACGUGGCAGACAUUCUCGAAGGCGACCUUGCCAGCUGGCGGGCGGUGCAGGGCAUCUACUGGGCGGCAGUGGCCCGGGAGGAGGAGGCACUGGCGGGGCUGCUGCAGGCGCGACUGGGGGAGGUGCCAUCCGCCAUGGGGCGGCUGCAGCUGCUGGCGCAGUGCUCGUCCUUUACUGCGCUGCCGCGGGUGUCAGCACGCCUGCAGCACGACUUGCAGCAAAUGCUGCACGAGGUGGCAGCAGACGUGCGAGCACUGGAGGAGCAGCUAUGGCACCCAACCGCAGCCUGCCACGUGUCCUCUCUUGCCCAGCUCAGGGGCGUGCCACGUGUUGCCGCCUCAGUGGCCCGCGCCAAAGCCAUUCACGGGAAGCUGAGGGCGCUAGACGCGGCCCUGCACGCUCUGCUGGGUGACAGCUGGCGCAGCGGGAUUGGUCGGGCGGGGAGGGGAGGGAGCAGGAGGGGAAGAGGCGCGGGGGGAGCGGUGGGGAUGGGUGGAGAUGGGGAGGGAGGGGUUGAGUGUGGUGGGGCGGGGUGGGGAGCGGUGACGGACGGUGGGCUGCGGAGGUCGAUUGCUCGGCUGCUGGAGGAGGCGUUGCAGCAAACGGACCCUCAGAAAGUGCGUGUUUACCGUCAAUCAGUGGCUGCAAGAAAAGCUCGCUCCCUGCUCGUCCCCCUGCUCGUCUCCCUGCUCGUCCCCCUUACAAGUGACUCUCUCUCUCCCCCUUCGUCCAUCCCUCCACUCUCCCUUCAGACCGUCAACCAGUGGCUGCAAGAAAAGCUCGCUCCCCACACUGGCAGCACCAGCAGCAGCAGCAUGAGCGCGGAGGAAGCAGAGGAGGCUCUCAGAGGCCCUGUGCUCACCUCCUGCUCGUCCCGCCCGCCCCUGGCUGACGUCAGCAACAGCAGCGCGGCUACAGCCGGGGAGGAGGAGCAGGCGGAGCCGCUGCUACAGCUGCAGGUGAGGGGGAGAGACAAUGAGGGGUGGAAGGUUAGGGGAGGAAGGUUAGGGGUGGGACACUGGCAGGUGAGGGAUGGAAGGUUAGGGGUGGGACACUGGCAGGUGAGGGAUGGAAGGUUAGGGGUGGGACACUGGCAGGACGGGGAGAUGAGGCACAGACGACUUGUGUAUGGGGAGGAGGAGCAGGCGGAGCCGCUGCUACAGCUGCAGGUGAGGGGUGGAAGGUUAGGGGUGGGACACUGGCAGGUGAGGGGUGGAAGAUUAGGGGUGCAGUACAAGGCGAGGCUUCUCCAUCUGAGUGACGAAGUUCGCUCUCUAAGAGCAUCAGGCUUCCACACCCCGCAUCACCUGCUCGCCUGCGCCCUCUCCGCCUCAGCUGCCGCCUCCUCCGCAUCCACCAUCUCCCCUCCUGCCCCUCUGCCCCUCCCUGAACCCCUGCCCUCUGCACCUUGCCCCUCUGCCCUGCCUGUCUGCUCCCUAUGCCACCUCUCCCCCCACCAGGUGCAGUACAAGACAAGCCUGCUGCAUCUGAGCGAGGAGGUCCGCACCCUUCGGGCGUCAGGCUUCCACAUCCCGCACCACCUGCUCGCCUGCGCCCUCUCCGCCUCUGCUGCCGCCUCCUCCGCAUCCACCAUCUCACGAGCGCUCGAGAGCUUUGCUGAUGUCAGCGCUGGCGUCAGCAAGGGCGUGCUGCCGCUGGUGGUGGCUUCGCGAGAAGCGGUGCUGGGGUUAAUGCAGAGCGGUGAGUCGGCACAAGCGGUGCUGGGGUUAAUGCAGAGCGGUCAGGGAGUGGUGUGGGAGGAGGAGGGAGCAGGACGAGUUGGCGGUGUGCCUGUGGGUUGCCGCCAGGGCGUUGUGUGGGAGGAGGAGGACGAGUUGCAGUGUGCCUGUGGAAGUGUGGUGUGGGAGGAGGAGGACGAGGUGGAUGAGUUCGCCGUGUGCCUGUGGGAUGCAGUGGAGGCGUUUUCAUCUGCAGCUGCUGCGGCCAAGGAGAGGCAUGAGGCGGCAUGGCAGUGCCUUGAGCAGAUUCGUUCGUGUGCCUAUAAGGACCUGCCAACUCAUCUCCGCCAGCUGGCGCACGCGGUAAUUGCAGCGAUCUCCCGGCCGCCUUACCCGGCUGCCAUGUCAGCUGCCACGUCAGCAGUGUGGCAGCAUGAGGUGGUGGUGAGAGAGAUUGAGGCUGUGCUUUCACUGCACGGGCCCUCUGGUGUAGUGAAGGAACGAGCUGGUGGAGGAGCCGACGCAGCAGGGGCGGCAGGAGCGGCAGGGGCGGCAGGAGUAGUGGGAGGAGAUUUGAAUGGCGGGGAUGGGAGCGAGACUGAGUCGUUUGUGCUGCAGCUUCUGCAGGAGCAGAUGGGGAUGCUGACGCACCGAGUGGCUGUGAGGGGGUCAAACGCAGGGGCGGUUAGAGUGGAAGGAGGAGGAGCGAGUGGCAGGAUGGAGGUGGAGGUACAGCCUCCUCUCUGCGAGUCUCAGCAGCGGCUCCAGGACUGUGUUCAGCUGUUGCUCGCUCCCGCUCUCUCUGCUGCUGCAGAGGCCAAUAGCGUCCUCUCCUCCGCCUCUGCGGCUUUCUUGCUCCCUCCCACUCCCUCGAAUGGUCCCUCUGCUGCUGCUGAAGCCAGCAGCAUGCACUCAUCCGCCUCUGCUGCCCUGCAUCCCAUGGCUGCUGGUAACUUCAGUGACGUCAGCAGCAGCGACAGCAUGGGUAGCUAUCACAGCACUGCAAGGGGCGGGGCUAGUGUGGGCAGUCUGUUAGUAGUGAGCUGUGUGGUUCCGGCUCGGCUGGAGGCGUGUGCGUAUGGGGUGGUGGAUGCAGUGGUUGGGGCGGCUGAGGGGUGGGUGGGCGAGUGGAGGGUGAGAGUGGCACAGGCGGAAGGGAAGAUGGAGAGAUGCGCCCGUGCUGCUGCUGCUGCUGCUGUAGCUGCUGCUGCUGCUGCUGCUGCCCCAGCUGCUGUUAGCGAAAGUUCCAACACCUCCCUUCCCCCGCCUUCGACUGAACUCUGGCGUUCCCUUAUGAACGAAAUUCAGCAGGUUCGUAACCAGCUGGCUGCCAAACCUGCAGUGGUUAGGUUCGGCACAGCUGACCGAACCUCGCUCUUAGCCUUGGACGCAGGCUCGGUGAGGGAGGCACUGGUGGGUCGGUGUGAGGCUUGGAUUCGGGCGGCUGAGGAGGAUAUAGAAGGCAGGGCGGUUCGGGGUUGUAGAGAGGCGAUUAAAGAGGUAUCUGAGCUGAAGAAACUACUGGAGUUGAUUAAGAGGGAGGCAGAGGGGGAACUUAUGAGUAGAGAUAGGGAACAGAGGCUCGGGCGAGUGAGAGAGGGAGAGGAGGGUGAGGAGGGGGAGCAGGGAGAGGAGGAACAGGAGGGAGAGAAGGGAGCGGAGAACAAGGCAGCUAUGGGUAAUGGUGGUGCGGAUAAGGGUGAAGGAUUGAGUGGGGAUGUGCGGAGGCUGGUAGAGCAUCUAGAGAGAGUGAGGGAGGCGGAGAGGAGGGUAGGAGAGGUGAGUGAUGGAGUGGAGAAACUCAGGCCGUUAGUAGAGGCGGCUGUUUCUAAGGGAGGGGGAAGUGGCAAGGGGAAAAGGAGCACUAGCAGCAGCAGCAGCGGUGGUAGGAGCAGUAGUGCCGGGGUUGGGAUGGCGCUGGUACAGGCAAGCUGGAAAGAGCUGGAGAAGGAGUGGGGAGAAUUGGAAUGGGCAAGAAAGGCUGUAUUGGGAGGGAGAAAGGCAGGAGCAGAAGCAGCACGAAAGGGAGUAGAAGCUGCAGCAGGAGAAUCCCCCAGCGGGAUAGUUUUCCUCCAGGGGCUUGUGAGCAUGCAGGUGUUGAGUGCGGUGCAGGUGCAUGUGGGGGAGGUGGGGAGGCGUAUGGAGGAGCUUGAGACGUGGUGGGACGCUGCUGCUCCUACCACUCAUGAGGAGGGCGAUUGGGCUGGUGGGAGGGGCGGGGGCGGGGAGGAGGAGGAGGAGGAGGAGGAGGUGGGGAGAGUGGAGGGGAGGUUAGAGAGGGUGGUUGCAGAGGGGGAGGAGAUGCAGCGUAUGUGGCUGUUGAUUAAUCAUCUUUUGGAUGUUAUUGCCUCUGUGGAGGGGAUUAGGGUUGCGGAUUUCAACCCUGAAUCGGACUUAACCCCUCUGCACUCCGCCUUGAGCGACGUGAACCAGGAGGAAGAGGUAUUCGGGCAGCACGGUGCGUUCCGGGCAGUUCAAUCGGCUGCCCGGAAACUAAUUGCGAGCCUAGGUCUGGUGUCGAAGCUAGUUAAAGCCUCGCUGCAAGAGGCCCAUUGGAGAGCCCUCGCCCGAGCAUUGGGGUUCCAAGCCAAGGGCGGGCUCGGCGCCGGAGGUACCCUGCAGGUUCGGGAUCUGGUUCGGGCGCUGGGAGGCUUGGAGGGUCGGGCGGCAGCGGAGCAGGUUUUAUCUGCCGUCCAGGGGGAGGUGGCAUUGAGACAGUUUAUGGAUAAGGUUGAAAAGGAGUGGGGCGAGCAGGAGUGGGCUUUUAAGGGGUUUAGAGACAAGUGGAAAAUCGUGGGGAAUUUGGGGGUGGUUGGGGAAAUGGUGCUAGAGCAUUUGAGUAUGCUUGGAGCGAUGAAGCAGUCUCCCUUCUUCCCUCCGUUUAGAGAGGCUGUGAGGGAGUGGGAGGGGCGACUGGGGCAGCUGAGUGAGCUGGUGGAUGCGCUAGCAGACGCGCAGUCCAAGUGGGUCCGUUUGGAAGCACUCAUGACGUCACCUGCCGUCCGGUCGAUGCUACCCGACACGCACCGCGCCUUCCACGAAGCUUCCCUCCCGUUCACGGAGUUCCUGGGAUCGCUCGCCGCCCGCCCUCUCGCGAUCGACCUGGAGGGACUUGCGGACGAGGACGACGGAGCCGGGCGGCAGGUUUUGGCGGUUUGUGCGGAGGUGUUUGGGCGGGUGCUUUUGGAGGUUCAGGCACAUCUGGACAAGCAGAGGCGGAUGCUGCCAAGGCUGUACUUCCUGGGGGAUGACGAUCUGUUACAGCUCAUCUCUGCUUCGCCCUCUGAUUUAUCUGCGGUAUGGCUACCAAAGCUGUACUUCCUGGGGGAUGACGAUCUGCUGCAGCUCAUCUCCGCCUCGCCCUCAGACCUUGUGCGGAUGCUGCCAAGGCUGUACUUCCUUGGAGACAACCAUCUGCUGCAGCUCAUGUCUGCCGACCUCUCUGCGCUUAAAAGACAAGCAGAGGAGGAUGCUGCCGAGGCUGUGCACGUGCACAUUCGCAAGCUCUCCACUGCAGUACACGUGCACAUUCGCAAGCUCUUCACAGCAGUCUCAGGCAUUGAAGUAUCGGCAGUCUCUGAUACCAUUUUGCCAGAAAAGAGUACAGCAGAGGAUGUAGUGAAGUUUGCACCUUCAGGGGACGCAGGGAAGAGAGUAUUUAUCACCGCAGCUCUUUCCGACGGGGAGCGGCUCGUGCUGCACCAACCAGUGGAGCUUGCGGAAGGUGCUGCCACGUCAGCGAGUGCCACGUCAGCGGAUGCCACGUCAGCGGGUGCCACGUCAGCGGAAGGACAGAAGCCAGCAGGAGCCACCAAGUGGCUGCUGGAUCUCGACAUGGCGCUGCGGACGACUCUGAGCGACCUGGUUGUGUCAGCGGUCGCUGAGCUGGCGGCGUGUGAUUGGCUGUCGACUGCUGCGGCUGGGAAGAGGGAGAAGAGCAAAUGCAGCGGGAAGGAGGGAAGUGGCGGCGGAGUGAGGAGGAGUGGAGUGAGGAUGGGCGGUAGCAGCAGGAGGAAUGGAGGAAGGUUCCUCGAGUGGCUGGGGAAGCUGCCUUUGCAGCCGGCGCUGCUAGCUCUUCAAGUGAGCUGGACUGCUCUGGUUGAAGGGAUUUUGGCAGGCGAGGAACGGGAGGUAGAUGAGCAAGGGGUGCAAGUGAGGGGUGGAAAGGAAGCAGGGCUGGAGGCUCUGGUGGUGGGGCUGGAGGGGCUUCUGCAGUGGCUGGCACGUGCCGUGAGGGAGCGGAGAGAGCUGGCUAGGAAAGCAGCGGGGGCAGGAGGAGGAGGAGCAGGCAGAGCAGCAGGGGGAGCAGGGGGAGUAGGAGAGGGGGCAGGUGGCGAGGAGGGGAGGUUGAUGGAGGCCAAGUGUGAGGCGGUGAUUACUGUGUUGGUUCACCUGCUGGAGAGCAGUAAGGCGCUGCUGCUGGAGCAGCAGGAGGAGCAGGCACGGGCAGAGAAGGAGGAGGAGGAGGAUAAGGAGAAUAUGGAGUGUGCAGGGCUUCAGCAGAAGCAGAAGCAGAAGCGGAAGGAGAGGAAGCAACACGGGCUCUCCCUCUCCUCCUUUGCCUGGCGAAAAUGCCUCCGAUACUACCUCGACCCUUCCCUCCCUCCCCUCCACCGCCUCUCUGUUCAAAUCGCAGACGCCUCUUUCACCUACGGGUUUGAAUACUCUGGCUGUACUCCCUCCCUCGUCCGCACCUCCCUCACUGACCGCUGCUUCCUCGCACUUUCCCAGGCGCUCUGGCACGGCCAGGGCAGCGCUCUGAUUGGUCCAGCUGGCACGGGGAAGACGGAGACGGUCAAGGCGCUCGGGCGGCAGCUCGGGCGGCCGGUUUUGGCGUUAUCUUGCGAUAGGAGCUUUGACAGUGCGGCGGUGGGGCGGGUUUUGGAGGGAGUGGCGAGGCUGGGCGCGUGGGGGUGCAUGGACGAGUUCAACCGGUUGGACGAGAGUACAAUGUCUGCGAUCUCGCAGCACCUGGUGGCGAUUCAGGGCGCGCUGAGGGAGGGACGGAGAGAGGCCGUGCUGGCUGGGACUGCCGUGCCCGUGCACCCUGCCACUGGUGAGUGGGCGUGGGUGGGUGUGUGUGUGUGCACCCUACUACUGGUGAGUGGGCGUCGGGGGAUGGGGGAAACAGGGUGGGGGUGCAUGGACGAGUUCAACAGGUUGGACGAGAGUACAAUGUCUGCGAUUUCGCAACAUUUGGUGGCGAUUCAGGGCGCGCUGAGGGAAGGAAGGAGGGAAGCCGUGCUGGCUGGGACUACUGUGCCCGUGCACCCUGCCACUGGGUCGGGGUGCAUGGAUGAGUGGAACAGGUUGGACGAGUGUACAAUGUCGGCUAUCUCACAACAUCUGGUGGCGAUUCAGUGCGCGCUGAGGGAGGGACUGCCGUGCCCGUGCACCGUGCUACUGGGUGCUGUGAUGUGUGCUGUGAUGUGUGCUGUGAUGUGUGCUGUGAUGUGUGCUGUGAUGUGUGCUGUGAUGUGUGCUUGGAUGAGGGAAGGCAGGAGGGAGGCGGUGCUGGCUGGGACUGCUGUGCUCGUGCACCCUGCCACUGGUGAGUGCGCGGAUAUUCUUCUGCUGUUGUGUGUGGACUGCUGUGUGUGCUCUGCAGGGACCAUGCCCUUUCCGUCACUAACCCAUACGCACCAUUCUCCACCCCCUCCCUUCAUCUCCCUCCCAGGCAUAUUCGUGACGCUCAACCCGCGCUAUGCAGGCAGGGACCACCUGCCUGAGAGCCUGCAUAUUCGUAUAUUCGUGACGCUCAACCCGCGCUAUGCAGGCAGGGACCAUCUGCCUGAGAGCCUGUCCGCCCUCCUGCGUCCUCUGACAGUCGCCGUCCCUGAUGCAUGCGCCAUCGCCCAUGUGACUCUGCUGUCGUGUGGGUUCUCGCAUGCGGAGAGGCUGGCUGACGCUGCCACCCGCAUAUUCCAGGAGUCCGAGCAGUGCUUGGCCCCCCAGCCUCAGUACGACUUCAGUCAGAGAGCGCUCAAAGCAGCUCUGAGAUCUUCUCUCACUCUCUCAUUUCGCUCCUUCCUCGUCAUCCCUCUUGUCUACCUUGCCCCGCAGGAGUCUGAGGAAUGCUUGGACCCCCAGCCUCAGUACGAUUUCAGUCUGAGAGCGCUCAAAGCAGCUCUGAAAUCUGCUAGGUCUGUUAUGCUGGCGCAGACAGAAUUGGAGGGGGGUGCGAGUGAGAAUGAGGGUAAGGAGAGGAAAGAGGAAGUGGAAGAAGGUGCGAGUGAGAAUGAGAGCAAGGGGAUGAGCGAGGUGGUGGAAGGGGGUGCGAUUGAGGGGGAAAAGGAAAGGAGGGAAAGUGGUAUGGAGGAGGUGUGUGAGAGAGAGAUGGAGGUGAAGGGUGAGGAGGGUAGGGAGGAGGGAUGUGUGGAAGAGGAGGAGGGGGGGAGUGUGAGAUCAGAGGAGAAAGAGGAGUUUUACGAGGCAGAGGAUGGGGAGCAAGGGGGGGAUGAAGAGGGGAAGGAGGAGGGGAGGCAGGAAGAGGGGGAGGAGGAGGAGGAGGAGGAGGAGGAGGAGAAGGAGGAGGAGGAGGAGGAAGGGGAGGAGCCGGAGGUGAGAGAGGAGGUGUUGCAGGUGGAAGAAACAGAGGAGGGAGAAGGGGACGGAGAGGAGGACAUAGUAGAGGAGGUAAAGGAGGAGGUAGGGGCGGAAGAGGAGGAAGAGGAGGAGGAGGAAGAGGACGAAGAGGCCCACCGUGUGUCGAGAUGGCCGUUGGAGUCCCGAUCCCUAGUCCAGGGCAUUUUCGGCCAGCUGGCAGCCAAGCUGGCACCUGCUGACGUGGCAACCUUCCGGGAGGUGGUUUCCCGGAACCUUCCGGACGUGGCUGUGGAGGAGAUGGGCGACGCUGAGCUGACAGCGGCGGUGGAGGUGGUGUGUGAGAGGGAGGGGUACGUGGCGAGCUGUGAUUGGACGAGGAAGGUGCUGCAGAUGGCGAGGUUGAUGGGGCUGCAUCAGGGGAUCAUGCUGGUGGGGCCGCCUGCUGGGAAGACCACGGCCUGGAGAGAGAGUCUGUCCAAGGCACCACCCUCUCCCAAGCAGGCGCUCUUUGGGGGCGUUGAGGCAACCACCCUCUCCUUCUUCUCCCCCAUUCUCUCCUCCCCGCCUCCAGUGCUGCACAAGGCCCUGGAGGCAACGAAAGGGUCGCAGGUGUCGGUGACAGUGGUGGAUCCUAAGAGUCUGUCGCUCCCAUUCCCGCCUCCCCUUCUUGCAGUGCUGCGCAAGGCCUUGGAGGCAUCGCAAGGCGUGCAAGUAUCCGUGACAGUGGUGGAUCCCAAGAGUCUGUCCAAGGAGGCGCUGUUUGGGAGUGUGGAAGCCACCACGCGGGAGUGGAGUGGCAGGACGGCGUGUUCACCCAAGCCUCUACUCUCUACCCCCUCCCUACCCUCUUCUCUUCCUCCCCUUCCUACCCUUUCACCCCUGUCUGCAGUGCUGCGUGAGGCCUUACAGACAUCGCAAGGCGUGCAGGUGUCCGUGACAGUGGUGGAUCCCAAGAGUCUGUCCAAAGAGGCGCUGUUUGGGAGCGUGGAAGCCACCACGCGGGAGUGGCAGGACGGCGUGUUCACCCGGGCUUUAAGGGCCGUCGUGCGAGAGUAUGAGGAGGAGAGGGAGCGGGAGACAGGGAGAGAUGGGGUGGCGGAGGGGGUGGAAGAAGAGGAAACGGAGGGCGAUAGGGAGAGGAGGGAAGGGAUGGAAGGGGAAGGGGAUGAGGGCGAUGGAGGAGGGGAGAUGCGGCAAAGAACAGGAGGGAAUGCGGGGAGGGGCGUGGAGUGGCGGCGGCGGCACUGGUUUGUGUUUGAUGGGGAGGUGGACCCCAUUUGGAUAGAGACUCUCAACUCACUGCUGGAUGAUAACAAGGAGAGCGCCUGCCUCUCCUACCUCACAUGCACUGCAUAUUCGAGUGCCCCUCCAUCUCACCCACAACACUCUGCAUUCUGCCCCCCUCUCCCACGCUCCCCACCCCGUCUGCCCUCCCCUGCCACCCAUCAGGUCAUGACUCUACCCACAGGAGAACGCCUGCCCCUCCUCCCCCACAUGCACUGCAUCUUCGAAUGCCCCUCUCUCGCUCACGCCACUCCCGCCACCAUCUCUCGUCUCGGAGUGGUCUGCUUCCCCCACUCCCUCCUCUCCCUCCCCAUGCUCCUCCACCGCUUCCGCUUCCUCCUCCCCCCCAUGCCCUUCCCCCCACCCUCCUCCUCCCCGUCCUCUUCAUCUCUUUCCCCUCUCCCUCCCUCUCUCUCCACCACAACAACACCUGCACCAGCUACCCCCGCUACCACCACCACCACUACUCUCUCUUCGUCCCACUCCUCCCACUCCUCCCACUCCUACCACUCCUCCCACUCCUCCCACUCCUCCCUCACCUCCUCACUCUUCUCCGCGCCUCUCUUCCUCCCCUCGCGCCUCUCCCUCGGGAUUGACGCGCCAGACGAGCAUCUGGAGCUGCUGCCGCCUGGCCUGCCACAGCCGCUGCUACAGCCGGUGCUGGCUGUGGCGCUGGCGGCGCUACAGCCGGGCGGGCUGCUGCAGCAGGCUCUAGAGGCUGCUGCUGGUGUCAGUGGCGCUGGUACUGGUGCUACUGGUGCCAAUGCUGCCAGCGCUGCCUGUGCUACAGCCGUUACAGCUGCAGGUUCGGCCGAGGCAGAUUCCAUUCCCUUUGAUUCCAUGCGUGCCCUUCGCUCGGUGUUCUUGUACUAUUGCUACCGAACCUCGGACCUCUGCCGAACCUCCGCUUCCCAAGCCACUCCGAAGAAUGAUGCGCUUGAAACGGCUGGUGUGCGGAGCGGUGGGGGAGGGGUGAAGGGAGGUGCGAAUCGGUCUAUUGCGGUGGUGGGGAGAUUUACCAGGAAAGCAAUGGUAGAGGCAAUCAUGGCAGGGGUUGCAGGGGGAAUGGAUGCUACCUCUCGCUCUGCCUUUGCAGACCGAUUAGCUUGUGUUUUGGCGUCUGAAGGUGGGGGAAACGAUGAGGUGGCAUGCCGUGCCACGUCAGAGCAGCUGCUGAGCUGUUUCGCUGACGUGGCGAGCGGCCAUUGGAAGCCGUGGGAGGCGGCUCUGCCUGGAUUGGCUGAUGCUGAUGCUGCUGUUGGGGGGUGCUUCGGGGAUGAGGAGGAGGUGGAAGAGGGAGAGGAGGGAAGUGAGGAGGAAGAGGAGAGGAGUAUGAGCUACAGAAGGAGUAAUUCUGUGUCUGGUCGGAGCAAUGGCAGUAUGGGUGUUACAAAGCAGGUUGGUAGACAGGCGAAGGGUGCAGCUGGAAAGGCAGGAAGAGAAGGAAGGGGAGGAUCAGGAGGGGUAAGAGGAGCAGGAGGAGCAGGAGCAGCAACAGGAGCAGCAGGUGCAGGAGUAGUGGCAGGAGCAGGAGGGGGAGGAGUAGACUCAACCACGGUUAUCCCCACAGCAGAGACAGAGCGGUUGGGUGCGGUGAUCAGGGCCAGUCUCGCCCAAUCACAGCCCAUCCUGCUCUGUGGCCCACCUGGGAGUGGGAAGACUCUCGCGCUGACAGCUGUCGCGCAGGCAUUGGCUACUGCUGGCGCUGACGAGGCACAGGCUGCUGCUGCCGCCGCUGCUGCUGCAGCUGGCGCUGCUGGUGGUGCUGGUGCUGGCAGUGCUGGUAGUGCUGGUGUUGGUGGUGCUGGUGGUGGGGUUGGAAUGGGGACGCAGCAGCGAAAGGAGAAGCUUUCGCAGAAGCAGCAAGAAGGGAGCAAGCAAUCGGCAGAGGCCGAGGUGGCGGCAGUGGCAGGGCCAAAGCUCCACGUGGCAGCUUUCAAUUUGUCACUGUCGACGUCUCCCGAGUCGUUUAUCGCUGAGCUGGAGCAGCACUGCCGCUACGUCAAGCUCCCUGCUGGUGGUGCUCGUGGUGCUGGUGUUGGUGUUGGUGGUGCUUCUGGUGCUGCUGCUGCUGCUGCCGGUGUUGGUGUUGGUGCUGCUGGUGGGUCACACGAAACAGCAGCAGCAGCAGCAGCAGCAGCAGGAGUGGUUUCGACAUCAGCAUCAGCAGUGGCAGCAGCAGCCGCCACUUCCAGUGUUAACUGGGCGCUGGAGCCUAAGGACCCAGUACCAGCGGACGGCCGUCUGCUGCUAUUGUUAGAUGAGGUGAAUCUCCCCGCCCCUGACGCUUUUGGCACCAUCCGCAUGGCCGGCCUGCUUCGGCAGCUAGCGGAGCCGCAGCUGAUUCCGCAGGCGGCGGGCGGGGUGGGCGGCGGUAGUGGGGAAAGCAGCAGGAAUGGCGAUACGCACGGCAGCAGCAGCAAUAACGUUGGCAGUGGUGGUGGUGGUGGUGGUGCUGGCAGUGGUAGUAGCAGCAGCAGUGGAGGGAGCGGUGGGUAUGCGUAUGGGUUCUGGCACCCCAAGAGGCGCGUUUGGGUGCAACUGAGGCGGGUGUCAUUUGCAGCCACUUGCAAUCCGGCUUCAGACGUGGGCAGGCAUGAACUGCCUGUACGCCUGACCAGGCAUCUCACUGUUGCUCAUGUUCCGUUUCCGUCCGGCGCGGCUCUUACGAGAAUAUACAGCACGUUUAUAAGGGGGAUAUUGGCCCGGUACUGGCCUGGGGUGGCAGUGGAGGCACGGGGGAAUCCUCAGGUGGUUUCUCAGGUGGAUUCUCAGGUGGUUUCUCAGGUGGGCGCGUGCCUGGCAGCGGCGAUGGUGGAGGUGUAUGAGGAGUGUGGGGUGAGGUUCACUCGGGCAGUGCAGCAGCACUACGUGUGCAGUCCUAGGGAGCUUACCAGAUGGACUAGAGGCAUCCGAUUCGCCCUGGUGCAUGGGCAGAAAGGGGUUCAGAGGGGUGGAAAGGGAGACGGGGACGAGAGGGGGGAGAAGGGGGCGGUUGAGAGGGGUGAAAAGGGUGGAGUGAGUGGGAAGAGUGGUAAGGGGCGUAUGGGUGCUGGUGGUGCGAGAUUGGGUGGUGGUGUGGGGCUGGUUGGAGCAACAAGUGCACAUACAGGCGUUGGCGGUGCGGCUAUCAUCGGUGGUGAUGGGGAGGGCAACUGGGCGGCAAGGCUUGUCCUGUCAUGGCUGCAUGAGGGAAUGCGCAUCUGGUAUGAUAGGCUGGUGAGGGAGGAGGAGAGGCAGUGGACGGCGAAGCUGCUGCUGCGGGUGGCAACAGAAAAGAUACUCCCGAUGCUCGUGCCUCUUGUAGGGAACACUCUUGUAACGAGUACAGGGAAUCCUGUAGCUGUUGCUGAUGGAGUUUCUGAUGGUGCUCCUGCUGUGCCUUUCUCGCUACCUGCCGACCCGAGCCGGUUGGUGUUUUCGUCGCUUCUGACGGGGCGGUACAAGCCGUGCGCGGUGAACCACCUGAAAAAGCACCUGAAGUGGGUCCUGACAGGGGAGGCCCCGGAUGCCGCAGGAGGGGCAGGUGCCGGCCAGGUGAAACCAGGUGUUUCUUCAGGUGCUGGGGCAGCAGAAAAGGCCGGGGACAGGAGAGGAGGAGCAGGAAAGCGGGCGUCAAGCAGCAGGGCAGGAGAGAUGGAGGAGGAAACUGGGAGGAGAGUAUUGGAAGAAUCGGAAGGAUUGGGAGUGGAGAAGGGGGAGGAGGAUGCAGUGGAGGUGCAAGCAGGGGAGGUGGUAUUGACUGAUGAGUUUGUGUGUGCGGUGGUGAGGGCAGCAUCGGUGCUGCAGCAGCCCAUGGGGCAUUUGCUGCUGCUGGGUCCUCCUGCAACUGGGAAAUCGACCGUUGCCAGGGCGGCAUCGGUGCUGCAGCAGCCCAUGGGGCAUCUGCUGCUGCUUGGUCCUCCUGCGACCGGGAAAUCAACCAUUGCCAGGUGGGAGGGGCAGGUGGCACGGCACUCCCUCCAUGUGCUUCCUUUUGAGGCGCCUCAAAAGUCAUUCCUGUUUGCUUGUGUGUGUGUGAUCGCUGUGAUGGGAUUGGAGGAGGGGCGGGUGGCGUUCCCUCCAUGUGCUUCCUUGGUUGCCCUCUCCACUUACCCACGAUCCGCAAUCGCUGCGACGGGAUUGGUGGAGGUGCGGGUGGCGCUGCACGCGGGAUUCGAGGAGCGCGAGCUGGACGGCCCGCUGGAGGAGGCGCUGCGGGCGGCGGGGUGCGACGGGCGGCGCGUUUGUCUUGUUCUGGAGGAGGCGCAUCUGGUGGAGAGCGCUGUCUUGGAAAGGCUCAACUCGCUUCUCACGGGGGGGGACGUUCUUGGGCUGUUUGGAGCGGAAAAGCAGCAGGUGAGAGGGGGGGGUCGGGAGCUGCUUGAAUCCCUCCGGCAGCGAGGGGAGGGAGAGGGAAGCGAGGAGGCAGCAUGGGCAGGGUUCAGGAGGAGGAUCCAAGGGGACCUGCACGUGGUGCUGACGAUGACCAGCCAGGGCAGCGCGCACAUGCGCCAGAGCAUGCUGGCGUCCCCGGCUCUCUUCAACCGCUGCACUGUGCUCUGGCUGCCGCCCUGGGGGGACACGGGGCUUGCUCCGCUUGCUCAGAGUCGCCUCGCCGGUGUUUCGCUGGUUCACCCUGUCUCGGCCGCAGCUGCUGCAGCAGCAGGAGGAGCAGGAGGAGGAGUAGGAGGAGGAGCAGGAGGGGCAGGAGGAAGAGGAGACUCCAAGCAGAUUGAUAUGCCGGCUGAUUCUGCGGGUGGUGCUGCUGGUGGGGCUGGGGAAGCGAAGGAGAGGCAGCUGCUGGCGGAGGUUCUGGUGGCAAUUCAUGGCUGCGCUGUUAGUGCUGUUAGCGAGUCGCUCAAUAACAGAGCUUUUGGGAAGGCUGGGCUGGGAGGGGAGCAGCAGCAGGAGGGGAGCUUGCAGCAUUCCUUCUCCCCAGACUCUCUCAUCUCCCUCCGCUCCUUCUCAGACCUCCUCACCCACUUCCACUCCUCCGUCUCCCACUCGCACCGCCGCGCACACCGCACCUUCCAGCACCUCUCCCUGGGCCUCACAAAAGUCACAGCCGCAGAGCACCGCGUAGUACUCCUCCGAAAACACUUAGAACUCAAAUCGAAGGAACUCCAAGUGAAAGAGUCUGCUGCGAACGGGAAGUUACAGCAGAUUGCGGCUGAGCAAGCGCUAGGGGAGAGGCAGAGGAAGGAAGCCCAGGGGCUGAUUGCGAGGUUGGACGAGCAGGCAAGGAGUGUGGAGAGGCAUAGGAGGGAGGCGCAGGAGAAUCUGGAAAGGGUAGAGCCGGCGGUUGAUGCGGCGAAAACUGCAGCCCCGGAGAGGCAGAGGAAGGAAGCUCAGGGGCUGAUUGCGAGGCUGGACGAGCAGGCAAAGAGUGUGGAGAGGCACCGGAGGGAGGCGCAGGAGAAUCUGGAGCGGGUCGAGCCGGCAGUUGAUGCGGCGAAAACGGCGGUGAAGUCGAUCAGGAAAUCCCAGCUGGACGAUUUGAAGGCCAUGCCGAAUCCACCGAGCGCCAUUAAGCUGCUAGAUGAUCUCAAGGCCAUGCCGAAUCCACCGAGCGCGAUUAAACUGGUGAGUGCGUGCAGGUGUGCUUGCUAUGCCAUAGGGUGGCAGGGUGUUCUCUCCGUGGUGCGCCAAAAUAGCUUCAUCUGCUCCACUCCCUUUCCCUUCUUCCCCACCCCACCCUGCCCUCUUCAACCAGACGCUGGAAGGAGUGUGUCUGCUCCUGACCGGCUUAAAGCCCUCCACGUGGCAGGGCAUUCUCUCUUGCUGACGCUCGAGGGCGUGUGUCUCCUCCUGACGGGUUUAAAGCCCACCACGUGGCAGGGCAUUCUCUCUGUCGUGCGGCGAAACGACUUCAUCCCCAAUAUACUGGGAUGCGAUAUGGAGGCCAUAGACCCCGUGCUGGUGCUGCGCGUGAAGCGAGAGUACCUGGAUGCGCGAGUGAUCUCAUUUGAUGCCGUCAACAGGGCGAGCAAGGCGUGCGGGCCGCUGUUCUCGUGGCUGGAAGCAGCGGUGCAGUAUGGGGAGAUCAUCCGGGCCGUGCAGCCCAUGAGGGCCGAGAUGGAGCAGCUGGAGGGGGAGGCGGGGAGCAUGGCGGAAGAAUUGCAACACGUGCAGGAGUCCAUUGGCAAUCUGGAGGAGCGCAUGGAAGCAUGCCGCGACGAGCACUCCCUCCUGCUCUCCGCCUGUGAAGCCAUGCGAGCCGACAUCCACCAAUCAAAGCUCGCCAUGCAGCGAGCCGCCAGCUUAGUCAAAGACCUGACGUACGAGCGUGACCGUUGGAUGAAGCAGCGCGAGAUGCUCAAGAGUCGGGCGGCGGCGUGCUUAGGCGACGCUUUGCUAAGAGCCGCGAGUCUGGCGUAUCUGGGCCCGCUGGAGUUGGCUGAAAGGCAGCGGCUUUUAGCUAAGUGGCAGGAGGUGGUGGGUUCCCGCGGGUUGAAGUUCUCGCAAGGGGGUGUGCUGAGGGGUGAGGUGGGGUUGGAUGGGGUUCAAGAGAGGGGAGCGGAGGGGAGUGAGGAGGGGUGGGGAGGGGUGGAGGAGGAUGAGGAGGUGGAGGAGCGGGCGAAAUGGGAGGCGGUGGGGUUACCACAGGACGAGUAUGCGUUACAGAACGCAGAAUCGGUGCUUAAGUGCCGGAGGGUGCCUCUCCUUGUGGACCCUUCUGGAAGAAUGGUUGAGUUCCUUCGGAAGGUUCUCUCCUGCUCCGCCCCUGCUGCUACAGCUGAGACUGCUACAGACGGAAGCACCGAAUCCGCUACAGCCGAGUCUGUUAUAUCUGAUUCUGGUGCUACAGCCAAAAAUGUUCCUGGUUUGAGUGACAGCAAGGGUUCAUGGGAAGGGAAGCAGGAAGGGGGGGUGGUGUGUGUGAGUGCACAGGAGGAAGAGAGUGUGUUGGCACGAGCAGCGGAAAAGGCAGUCAGAUUCGGCCUCCCGUUGAUCAUCAGAGACGUUUCACAAAUGAGCUCUAUUCUCUCCUCCCUCCUCCUCUCCUCCCCCUCCUCCUCCUCAUCCUCCUCUCACUCCCUCCUCUCCUCUCCGUCCUCCUCCCUCUCCUCCCCAGCUCUCUCCCUCACUCCCUCCCUAUUUAAAAUCCGCCUGUUGAACCGAGAAAUCGACGUUUCCCCCUCCUUCCGCCUCUUCCUUACGACCGAGUCCCUCCUCCCUCCUCUCUCAGCCUCUCUCUUAUCCAAAACCGCGGUCGUAACCACCGGAAUCUCGCCCUCCUGGCUGCGUCAGCACCUGCUGAGCCGCGUGAUUGGCCGAGAGCGCGCUGACGUGGCGCAGCAGCGGGACCGGGCGGCGGCUCUGCAGGAGCGUUGCCGACGGAGAUUGCGACAGCUGGAGGGGAGAUUGCUUGAGGUGCUGACGUCACCAGAAGAGGACGGGACGGAAGCGGGAGGUGUGGUAACCGGGAGCGUGGCUGUGACUCCUGCUCGUGCGGCUGGAAGUGGUGGUGGUAGUGUCAGUAGCACCCCUCCUCCUACUUUCAGCAUGUUUAGCGGAUUAAAACGACCGGCAGGCAUGGCAGCAACACCAACACCAACAGCAGCACACACACACGCAGCAGCAGCAGCAGCAGCAGCAGUAGCAGCAGCAGUGGCAGCACAAACGCCAGUGGGAGUCUCUCUGUCUUCCCGGGCACUUGAAUCCCCGAUCCCCACGCCAGCCCCUCUCCCUCCUGUAAUGGACGACUCUACAGUCUCAAAAACUCUCGCUCAGAUUAAAAAAGACGCAGCAGCAGUCAAGGCGAAGGCCAGAGAGGUGCGGCUGGUAAUGAGACAAGUUGACGCCGUCCGGACGCUGUACGCCCCGCUGGCGGACGUCGGCGCGGCGGCGUUUUUCGUCCUUUCUGGGGCGGCUGCCGCCCUGCAGCAGCCGCUGUACAGAUUCUCGCUGGAUUUCUUUCUGCGGGCGUUUGACGAUGCGAUUUUGGCUGCUAGUGGUGAAUCAGGUGGGAAAUCAGCAGCAGAAGUAACAGUAACAGCAACAGUAGCAGCAACAGCAGAAGCACAGUCAGAAGGUGCUGUAGCUGUGAAGCCGAGAGUGAGGCAGCUGGUGGCAGCAGUAUUGAGUGAGCUUAUAACGAGGACAGCAGAGGCAACAGAGUACCGGCACCACCUGCCUGUGGCCCUCGCCCUAUCCCGCUGCGCCAGGCUGGCAGAUGACGUGGACUGGGUUGGCUUGGCUACAACUGUCGCUGCAAAGUUUGCUACAGGGUCUGCUUGUGCGAUAGGCACUGCUACAGCCCCUGCUACAGCUGAGAGUACAGGCAGAGCAGCAGGUGAUAUUUCAGCCGCAGUGAAAGAGGAGCUGCAGCGUACGACAGCUGGGGCAGCUUAUAGCGAGUAUGAGGUCAGGGGGUGUGCUGCAGUGGAGGCAGUGGUGGGGUUCGUGGAGUCAAUGGCAGUCAACGCUGGUCAAACGGACAUUGCUGGGCGGAGACUGGUGGAGGCUGUGAUCAACGAUGCAGUGGCAGAAGCACAGAGGGCAGUGGAAGGAGGGGUGAGAGCUGUAGCAGCAGGCCCUAGGGUUGUAGCAGUGGCAAUGGGUUCAGACGAUGCAGUGGCAGAAGCACAGAGGGCAGUGGAAGGAGGGGUGAGAGCUGUAGCAGCAGGCCCUAGGGUUGUAGCAGCAGGCCCUAGGGUUGUAGCGGUGGCAAUGGGUUCAGACGAUGCAGUGGCAGAAGCACAGAGGGCGGUGGAGACAGGGGCGAGGGAGGGGCGGUGGGUGGUGCUGUGCAAUGCCCACCUGGCCCUAUCGGUGCCCAGGCACGCUGCGUGGCUUCAGCUGCUGCUCAACUCGUUACAGUCACGUGCAAGAUCGACGGUGGACGGAGGCCGAUCGACGGUGGACGGAGGCCGAUCAACGGUGGACGGAGGCCGAUCGACGGUGGAGGCGGCUCGAUCCGUGCCAGUGCAUCAGGACCAGCAGCAGCAGAAGCAAGUGCCAGUGCAUCGGGAUUUCCGGCUGGUGCUGACGGUGGAAGCGGCGGGGGCGGCUGUGCGGCUGAUGCCUCCCAAGCUGGUGGAGGCGUGUGACGUGCUGGUGAUGGAGGCACCGGCAGGGGUGAAGGGCAGCAUGCAGAGAUCUCUGGAUUCCAUUCUCUCGCUCUCGGCCAGAGGCAGCAGCCAGUGGAGCCAGCAGCAGAGAAAGAGAAACGCAGCUGAAGAAGCAGAGAGGGGCAGCGAGCGGAGUGGGGUUGCUGUGGAGAAGAGGCGACAGGGGAAGCAGCAGCAGCCGGUGCUGCAAGUGCGAGGUGGUGACGAGGAGGAGGAGGAGGAGGAGGAGGAGGAGGAGGAGGAGGAGGAGGAGGAGGAGGAGGAGGAGGAGGAGGAACAGAGGAGGAGGAGGCGGCAGAUGCUACGGGUGCGGGUGGGCAUGGCAUGGGUGCAUGCGGUGCUGCAGGAGCGAGUGCACUACGUGCCCAGGGGGUGGCUGUGCCCUUAUACCUUCAUGGACCAUGUGAGUGUGCCUCUGUAUGCAGUGUGGCUUAGAGUGUGUCUUGGAGUGCGGGUAGGCAUGGCGUGGGUGCAUGCGGUGCUGCAGGAGCGAGUUCACUACGUCCCCUGGGGGUGGCUGUGCCCUUAUACCUUCAUGGACCAUGUGAGAUCUCACCUGGGCGCUCUCUCUCCUCCAAGCCUGGCAAACAGACAGCCUCACCAGCCUAACGCCCCCCAACUGCCUGCCAGCAGUGCGCACCCUCCUCCUUAUCACACCUUCCCACACCCUGUCGCCCUUCUCACCGUUUCCCACCUCUUCCCACCCAUUUUUCCCCCUUUACAGGACCUCACCUGGGCUCUAUCCCUGCUACAAGCCUGGCAAGCAGACAGCCCUGUUCAUCUGACACCUAUAAACUGCCUGCCAGCAGUGAGAACACUCCUCCUCGACAUCGCUUACGGGCUCAAGAUGGAGACCCCUGCAGACCAUGCCACUCUCUCCCGCAUCGUCUCGCACGUGUUUGGAGAUCCCAAGGCGUUUUUCGCUCCACGAUUCGCCCUCUCGCUCGCUCCAGCCACUCCUGCUGCUACUGGUGCUACUGGUGUUGCUGCUGGUGCUGGUGAUGCGGUUACCAGCGUGUCGGCGUUACUGAAUUUACCAGAUGAGGACAGUGAGGAGGCGUAUACCAGCUGGGUCCAAUCAUUGCCUGCCACGUGUCCACCUGAGUGGCUGGGGCUGAAGGCUGGGGAGGAUAGUGUAAGGUAUGCCAAGGAGAGUGCGCAGGUGCUCAAAGCCACACUUGGAUUAAUGGGAGAAAGCUCAGCUCAAUAA